UAAGACUCCAUACGAGCCUGUUAGAUCACAAUGGGCCAGUCAAGAGACGAAAAGUCGCUUUUGGGCGACGUAUGUGCAUGAAGCAGCUGAGCAUGAUGGACAAAUUCUCGAUAAGUACAAAAGCGACAUGGACAUCGUUCUAAUAUUCGUGCGUUUUUACCUUAGCACCACCUCUUUCUUACUCAUUUACUCAAUACACAUACCCAUUGUUAUAGGCGGGUCUUUUCUCCUCUGUUACUACGUCCUUCAUUGUCAAUAUGCAGCAAAACUUAGCUCCUGAUCCAACUACGGAAACCAACAUGCUUCUCAAGAAGCUGAUUCAUACAGUCAACAAUUCAACAUUUUUGGACGUCAAUUUCGACACACCACCGUGGACUGGUCCUGGCUCUACCGAAAUAUGGGUUCAGUCACUCAUAUAUGCAAGUUUAUCCGCGAGCCUUCUCGCAGCACUGGGAGCAAUGCUGGGCAAGCAAUGGCUCAACCAUUUUCAACACUUUGGUCAUGGAACGGUAGAUGGUCGUGGAAGGCAACGGCAACGGAAGCUUGAUGCUUUAUAUGCCUGGCAUUUCAACGCUGUUCUGGAAGGUCUUCCCGUCCUGUUACAGUUGUCCUUGUUGCUGUUUGGGGUUGCUCUCGGUGCAAACCUAUGGACAGAACAACACAUUGUUGCCUGCAUUGUCAUUGGCGCAACCACAUCUGGGGCCGUUUUCUAUGCGCUAAUUGUCAUCGCUGCAUUGAUAUCUGACGUGUGUCCAUUUCAAACACCAGCAUCUAAUCGACUUCGCAGCAUCGGUCAGCGCGUUGUCCGCUUCCACAACGUCCUUCAGAAGGGAAAUCAGACCAUCCUUUCAUCAUUCUUGCGCUUCGUCAGCUAUAUCCCCUGUACCAUAAUAACUUCACUCCACUCAUUCGCAUCAUGCAUUUCUCACCGGCUUUCCUCUCAGUACGCUAUCGAAAAUACGGAUGCCCCUUGUAUCCGAUGGCUGCUUGAGACCUCCGAUGACCCAGAUGUAAUUACCACUGCCGCCAGCCUGGUUCCUGAGGUCGAGUGGCCACCAGAUUUGGAUGUGUCUUGUGCCUUGCUCAGGCUGCGAGACACUUUCCUGAAUUGCUUCGAGAACACAGAGUAUGGUCAACCGAAACUUUCUGACUUUAGCCGAGAUUGUGCAAUUGCAUGUGGGAAGGCCUUCUUGCAUCUCUACAUCGAAAGGCGGUCAUUGGAUGCCAGACCCGUCUUUCUGCGUGCUACUCAUGAUCCAGAAUUCGCACUUACCAGCUCUUCUUGUCUGCAUGAUGUCCAUUGGCUAACGUGGACUCGUCAAAAUGACCCCGAACUCUCUUUCAUCUGCGACCUUAUCCUCGAGAUAGUGCUGGAUCUUGGCGUCAGCAUACCCAUUUCGCUUGGAAACUCGAAAAUUCCGGAUACCUUUCUGAUGUGGAUGUCUCAUCCCCUACUCCAUUGUCUCAGUGCAGACCAGUAUGCAAGGUUUUGGAGGCGACGUGCAUUGGAUGUAGUAGAGAGGCUACUUGUCCUGCCCUUACCCCCUACGAAUGUCAUAGCAAACUGCCUUAUGGCGGCAGGUUUGCUUCUGGAUCAACUCGUUGAUCCAAAUCAACUAGUCAGCACAAACAAGGGGUAAGGAACUUUUUCACGUCAUGUGAAGCUUUCAAGUGACCCAUAAUUGUGCAGGUCAUCGAUUAAAACAUUGCUUGUAUCUGUCCUCGAGAGCA